AUGUCUGAGAACACCGACAGCCCUUAUUACGGCGUCGCCUAUAAUGGAACCAACUCCAACGGCGGCGACUCGCUCACCGAGAACUUGAACCUGUACUAUAAUGCGGGUGAUAUUGCCUGGGUGAUCACAUCGACGGCACUCGUCUUGCUUAUGAUUCCGGGUGUUGGUUUCUUUUACUCAGGUCUCGCUCGUCGCAAGUCCGCCCUCUCGCUGAUAUGGCUCUCCAUUAUGUCUGUCGGCGUCGUCUCAUUCCAGUGGUUCUUCUGGGGCUACUCGCUGUCCUUCUCCCACACUGCCGGAACAUUCAUCGGUGAUCUGAACAAUUUCGGUUUGAAGGAUGUGUUGGCUCAGCCCUCCGUUGGCAGCACCAAGGUUCCCGAUAUUCUAUUCUGUGUCUUCCAGGGCAUGUUCGCUGCUAUCACGGUUGCUCUUGCCGCUGGUGCCGUCGCCGAACGAGGUCGUAUGCUCCCUUGUGUCGUCUUCAUGUUCGUUUGGACUACUGUCAUCUACGAUCCCAUUGCCUGCUGGACCUGGAACUCCUCUGGCUGGGUUUACAAGCUCGGUGGCCUGGACUUCGCCGGUGGUACUCCCGUGCACAUUGCCUCCGGCUCUGCAGCUCUCGCCUACUCCCUGAUGCUGGGUAAGCGCCGUGGACACGGUACUCAUGAGCUCAACUAUCGCCCUCACAACGUUACUCACGUCGUCAUCGGCACUGUCUUCCUCUGGGUUGGUUGGUUCGGCUUCAAUGCCGGCUCUGCCCUGUCCGCCAAUCUCCGCGCUGUCAUGGCUGCAGUUGUGACCAACCUGGCUGCCUCCGUCGGUGGUGUCACCUGGUGUCUCCUUGACUACCGUCUGGAGCGCAAGUGGUCCACUGUCGGUUUCUGCUCCGGUGUAAUUGCCGGUCUUGUCGCCAUCACUCCCGGCUCCGGCUUCGUGACUCCUUGGGCUGCUUUCAUCUUCGGUGUCGUCGGCGCUGUUGCUUGCAACUAUGCUACCAAGCUGAAAUUCCUCCUUCGCGUUGAUGAUGCCCUGGAUAUCUUCGCUGUCCACGCGGUCGGUGGUCUUGUCGGCAACAUUCUGACCGGUCUCUUCGCUGCUGACUACAUUGCGCACCUUGACGGUGUCACCGACAUCCCCGGUGGCUGGAUCAACCAUAACUACAUCCAGCUGGGCUAUCAGCUUGCCGACUCCUUCUCCGGCUUUGCUUACUCGUUCUUCGGAACCUGCAUCAUUCUCUUCAUUAUGAACCUCAUCCCCGGCCUCAACCUGCGUGCGCCCGAGGAGGAUGAGAUCAUGGGUAUUGACGAUGCCGAGAUUGGCGAGUUUGCCUACGACUAUGUCGAGGUUACCCGUGACAUCGUCAACGGCGUUGAGAGCAGCGAGACUGCCUCCAAGCGCACUAUGACUCCCACUCACGAAGAUUCCACUGCCAUUGACACCAAGGCCUAA